AUGUCGUUGCACAUCUACAUUGCUCACACGGGUGAGCAUUUCCUGGCCGAUCCAGUAGCCUUCGCAUCUCCGGAUGCCUUGAAGUCAUGGAUUGUCCGAAAUACAGCCAUUCAACCUCAAAGGCAAAUAUUGAUGACCGCUCGUGGGAAGAACGUCAAGAUCCAAACACUUGCUACUGAGAACGAGAUAUUCGUAUAUGACCGGCAAUACAUCAGCGAGCCCGGUGACGUCGAAUUCCCGGAGCUUCCUCCACCGGAACCUUUUCAGCCUAGCACUCCGCCGGCGACCCUCAAAGACCAGAACGACCUUCAGGCAUGGCGGAAUCUUUAUAUGGCGCGACGCAGCUGGGCAAUGGACCUGUCCAGCCGCUGUGGCUCUAUCGAUAAGAGCCUACGAGAACAUAAUGAACGGACCGAUGUCAUGAAUCGUGCGGUGAGCGUGGCUCUCGAGAAUCUCAAGUCCCAUGUGGGAAAUUUGGAGCAUCGGUUUCAAGAGGCUCAGUCCUGGGCGAAUAACCUCCUCGAAGAGCAAAAGGCCGCCCUGGAUGGCUGGCAGCGGGCUCUUUCCACCUUGGACGAUAUUCCAGCUCGCAAAGACUUCCCUCUUCUCGGACGGCCGUCCACGCCUAAAAUGGACAAGGAUAGACCAACUGGAACGCUCCGUGAUUUUGUCGAUGUGGGUGAGGCUCAACGAGCCGGAUCUGAGGCAGAGGGUGUGUCAUCGGCUUUUGGAAACAAUGUCGAUGAAAUUGGAAACGCCAUCGCUGACAUUUCCACUGACACCCAACGAUUGGUUGACGAGGCGCUCCUUCCGGAUGGAGACAGAGUAGAUGGACUAUUGGAAGAAGUGGAAACGAUCGCGAAAAAGAUUGGCUCGGACUAUGAGCAUGUCCUCGGCCUUCCUCACAAUAAGACCAAUUUGGCCAAUAUUUCCAGACUGGCAUUCAGCCAUACCCAAGACCUUCUUCCGUCUUUGUCGGAGAUCAGUAUCGAGCUUCAGAACGCACUGGAGCAUGCCGUGCAGCGUCGAGCAACUGCCGAGAAAACCGCCAUUGAGAAUAUGCGCACUAUCUCCUCGCUUGAGUCCCGACUUGCCGAUGCACAUUCACGAUUGGUCAAUUUGGACGUGGGUAGCACCGCAUUCGACGUAAUCUACUCUGUAUUUCAGAUGCCAAUGGUGUAUGGGUCUAUUCUUAUUGAAUCAGUGCGGCGGCGGGAGUGGAGUGAUAAGAUCAAGACUGACUCUCUGACACUGGCCGAAGAGAUGGCCAUCUUGCGAGACGAGGAACAACGCAGGAGGAAGAAGUGGCUAAAAAAUAUGAGUGAUUUUGUUACUGUGACUGAUUCCACAGCUCCCGGACUUGAAGUCAACCUGCAGGGCCAAGAUGACGAAUGGCCGGAGGUAGCUCGCAAAGAGAUCGAAUAUUAUAUUGAUGAUCUCAAGACAAAUCAUUCCUUGACGAAGGUGGCAGACGACUUGACUCAGCAACUCAAGGAGCUCGAUGCACCAAGCCGACAGCAAAGACGACGAGCCAAAGCUUUCAAACAGGGAAGUGUGUUUGAUCUGAGCCGAAGUUCUAUCCUGCGCGCGGAUGACUCUGUACGCAGCUUGCAAGAAGAAAAGACGAAACUUGAAGAGAAGCUUAGAGGGUCAGACAGUCGAGUCCGAAAGCUGGAGGAUCUACUUCAUCGCCAGAGUCAUCUCAGUCGACCUUCCAGCGGCAAUUUUGGUGCGCCUGACUUCCCAAGCUCACCAGCAUCUCCCCACCCCGAUGCACUCUCAAGGCGAUCCUCGGUCUCCUCGAGACGAGUCUCAGCAACCCAGUCCCCGGAAGACAAAGCACUUGUCCAGCGCAUUGUUGCUCUCGAAGCAGAGUUAUCGACGGAGAGAGACGUCGUUCAACGACUCCACAAGGAAGCCCAUGCCGAGCGUCAAACUAGCUCUGACAAGUACCAAGAAGCCCAAUCUACCAAGAAGGAUCUUAUUGGCAAUCUAGAAGCCCGCCAGCGCGAGUUUGAGGAUGAGCGCCGAUUCCUAGAUUCGGAGCUGAAGAAGUUCAAACUCCGCAACGAAGAAAUGGAAGAAGAACUGGAUCGACUCAUGGAUAGCCGAGAGCAUGGCAAACAAGAGACCGAUGAGCAGAUACAUCAGCUUGAAAUUGAGCUUCAGAACGCUCAUGCUAAUGCUGCCGACGAGGCACAAAAAAUGGUUGAUCUUGAUUCGAACAUCACUAGCCUUAACGAACAAAUCAGCGAUCUUAAUGCCCAGAUCCAGACUCGACAACAAAACGAAGAUGGCCUGAAGGCGAGAAUUGAUGAGUUCGAACAGCGCCAAACGGAGUUGAAGCAACAUAAUCUGGAUAACUACCAAGCCCUCGAGGCCGUCUUCAUGAACCUCUCUCCUGGAAGCACCGUACCCACGGAACUUCCUGAUAUCAUAAAGUCUAUUGAAGUUCUCUCCGAGGGUCUUUCGAUCCAUGCUCGAAGUGCGGAAACCAAUGCCACAGAGGCUACCGCCGAGAACAAGAUUCUUGAAGAACGGGUUGCUAAGUUGGAAGCGGAGGCGGAGGAGCGGGCGAAGAACUUUGAAGAUUGCGAGGCCCAAUUGUCUCGGCUGAACGAAGAGUUUUCACAAGAACAAUCGAAGCUUGAAGGUUUGACUAAGGAGUUGGACGAAGAACGCUCCAAGUUCAAUGCUCUGCAUGAUCAAAUCACGGCGGAAAAGACUAGCCCUGAAGCCCUACGCGAACAGAUUACCGAGGGUGAACGAAAACAUGCCGAGCUAUCACGGCAACUGGCCGAGUCUGAGGUCCAGGCCCAAAGCUUGAAAGACCAAGCGGCAGAAUGGGAAGGCAAAGCUGGCAUGACUUCAGAAACGGAGCAACAGGCUGUGGUCCGGCUUCAAGCUCGAGGCAUCAAGUCUCACGAACUUUCGAAGCAGCUUUUCGCUCAAGUUGAGAAAGUUGGACGGAUUUUGGAACAAUUGGGUUUCACGGUUAUUCAACAAGAUGGCCAACUCACUGUCCAGCGCGCUUCCAAGCUCAGUGCCUCCCUCAGCCUGGGUGAAAGCAUCGCCCAGUCAGGUAUUGUCUCUAUGAAACCAGACGCCGCACUUCUCAGGUGGAUGCAGGCAGAAAGCUUGGAAGACGAGGAGACUCAAUUCUUGGCUUUUAUGCAAAGCUUGGCCCAAUUUGAUGUCGCCGUGUUUGGAGAUGUCAUCGUCAAACGCGUCAAGGAUAUCGAGAACCUAGCCCGCAAGUGGCAGAAGGAAGCUAGAGGAUACCGUGAUAAAUACCAUCGAGUCCAGAGCGAAGCACACGAUAAGAUUGCUUAUCGAUCUUUCAAAGAAGGCGAUCUUGCUCUCUUCCUUCCUACACGAAAUCAAGCUAUCCGCUCCUGGGCAGCCUUCAAUGUUGGUGCGCCACACUACUUCCUGCGCGAACAAGAUAUGCACAAGCUUCAAGCUCGAGACUGGCUUCUCGCACGCAUCACCAAGAUCGAGGAGCGUGUGGUUGAUCUUUCCAAGUCGCUGAAUAGCGUCGCGCUAGAUCGCCGAUCUCUUGGAGACGCCAGUGACGGUGCCUCUCUGGACGACGAAAAUCCAUUUGAACUAUCAGACGGUCUACGCUGGUACCUCCUCGAAGCCGUAGAGGAAAAGCCUGGGGCACCCGCGACCCCAGGUCUAGCAAAGAGCACAGUUGCCUCCAACAACGUCGAUGCCAAAGGUAGCAUCCGCCUGAAGCGAUCCGCAGAUGAAGGGGCCGUUCAAAAGACACUGUCAAGGAGUCUAGACAGCCGCCGUGAAAGUGCCAACUCCAAACGCGGAACGCCUACACCAUCUCAGCAUGCUGUCGAGUCAACAGCGGAGCUCGUGCGCCCCGCUGAAGCUGAUACCGACUCGCAGUCUCGAGAGGCUGCCCCAAUUUUCGACGAGGUUCGCCGUGACCUACUCUCCGGCCCGUGA